UCACCUGUCAAAAGAUAAAACAAAAACCAUUAGAGCUGAUAAAAAUUACAAAGUUAGAUCUAUUAACUUCCUGGUAAGGGAACCCAUUCUAUGAAGAAUUUCACUGAUGGGGAAAAGUCAAAAGUUUUUAAGUGCUAGAAAGGGGGAGUUCAUGGGAGUAGUGCUAAUUAAGGAUGGGAAACUCGUGCUCUGGAUAUGGGACAGAAUGAAUCUAUAGGUCGGUACACAGUUGGUUAAAAUAAAACAAAAAUCCUGUUGUUCAUUCGUUAGGGAAAUGUCUUCAGUCAAGUCCAGUGAGGAGAGUCUGACUUCUCAGGGCCAUUGAGAUUUAUGGACCCUUAUCAGCUUCAGUCUACUGUGCUGAAUCACAAAAGUCAGUUGAUAUCUCCUAGGCAAGCUCCACUUUAAAUGGGAAAUUUUCCUUGGCAAUCCCUCCUCUUUGUCCUUCCUCAUCUUGAGAUGCCGGAUGAGCGCACAAAGGAUAGCAAAUCAUCAGAUUAUCAGCUUUCCCACCACCAUCUUAGGCUUGGGUGCUGUUCUCACAGGAUUCCACUGUGUUUAUCCAAGUGGUUUCAGUCUCCUCUUGAUGUAGUAUACUUGGAAUGUACAACAACAAUUAAGGUUAUGUUAAUAAUACACUUGACACACCCUUUGCACUUUCUCGGGUUAAUAGCAGCCUUAGACCUACUGAACCACUUCUAGGUGUAAGGCCUGAGAGGAGCUCUAAAAGCACCAAUGAGUAGUUGUAAAGAUAAAAAAACAAAAAGAAUGCUGAAGUCCGAGCUAGGGAGUUUCAAGAAAGCGUGAGUGGUCAACAGUGUAAAAUACUACAGACAAGUACACCAAAAUGAGGACAAGAAAGUGUCCACAAAAUUUUACCACAAGUGUUGUGACCUCAGUUAGGGCAGUUGAGGAAAGCCGAAGAAUGAAUAGAAUUGAGUAAAUAGGGAUUGGAAGUGCUCAGUACUCUUUCAAAGAAACUUGGUUUCUUUGGCUGUGAUUCACAUCAAGUGCUGCCAAGCCCAAUCUAGGUUUUCCAUUUCUUUUUAUUUGUAGGGCCAGAAAUGUCAUUCAGAUCAUCUUGCUUAUUAUGUACCAAGUACCACUUUACAAAACUAUCAUUUCAUUCUGUCCUCUCACGGCAAUCCUAUUGAUGAGAAAAGUGAAAAAAUUAUGAGAAAAAUGGGGCUUCCAGGGGUUUACUUGCUCCAGAUUCAAUAAUUUGACUCGAAAGCCUUCUAACAUUGUGUACAAUGCCUUGGUGGUUAUUUAAUUGUCUGGGAGAGCCACUAAAGUACAGAAGAGGUAAAAGGCUGGGGAAUGUAGGUGACACUAGUCACUUCUCCGGGGUGAGAUAAACUGCUUCAGCUUCCAACAUUAUCAGUUCAUCAUCCAUCAUUCCUGCAUCCCACAUCCAUCCCUCAUCCCUCCACCCGCCCAUGCUUGUUUCAAGGAGGCCCAGCGCAAACUACAAAGACUGAGACGCACAUGUCGCCAAGGUAACACUCCACUGUUACAUACCGAGGUCUUCCCCCGCUUUUUCUGGUACGCAAGCAAACCCAGCCCCUCCAAGUUUAGAGGUUCAGAUAAGAGUUUGGGGUAGUUUGGAUCCUCGGGCUUCCGUAGGUGCUGGCGCUCCAGCAGCCUCUGGCCCCGCCUCUAGCAACGCAUUGGCUUGUUAACAACCUGCCAGCAAGCAGGCUGCGUAGGUACGCCGGUGGGCUGCCUCCGCGGGACGCGGGUGGCGUCGCGGUGGCCGAGUCCACGGCCGGACCCCCGGGACCUUUCGCGACUCUAGUGGCUCUCAGGCGGCUUUCACUUCUCGGUGGCGGGGCCUCUUGCAGUCUCGCGGCUGCGGGCACAAUGUAGGACAGGAGGACACCCCCCACCCCUCACGCCGCCGCACAGCCAUGUCUACAGCAGAGGCUGCGGCGACGGCCCAGGCCCGGGCACCCGGCAGCACGAUCAAGUUCAGCAGCCCUCGCCAAAUCCCGGUAGUCGGGGUGGUGACGGAGGACGAGGAAGAGCAGGGUGUUUUCAAGCCUAUGGACCUAAAUUGUGUCAUCAAACUCCUCGAAGAGACUGGUAAAGAUGAUUUAGAAGAAAAACAACUUAAAUCUGUCAAGAAAAUGGUGCAGUGUUAUCAGAAUGGACUUCCCCUAAGGGAUUUAGCACAGAUAUUUAAAAUUCUGAAUCUGUGUGCAGGAAAAAUUAAAAAACAGCCCCAUUUUAUAGAACCUGCAUGUAAUAUCCUAAAAUUAUGUGGCUUGCCAUUUUUGAAAAAGAAAGUAUCGGAUGAAAUAACAUAUGCUGAAGAUACUGCUAAUUCAAUUGCACUUCUGGGUGACUUAAUGAUAAUACCAAGUUCUGAAUUGAGGAUACAAAUUUGUAAGUGUAUUAUUGACUUUUAUCAUGCAGAACCACCAAAGCAGCAUAUUACAGGUUACCAGCAGGCUAGUUCAUCAUAUAAGAUUAAAAUGGCUGAAGUUGGAGGAUUGGCAAAAACAAUGGUCCAGUCAUUGGUGUUGUUUGAAAAUCAACUUGUUGAGAAACUUUGGGUAUUUAAAACUCUACAACAUCUCUCAGCUUCUGAAGUUAAUUGUACUUUAAUGGUGAAAGCACAAGCAGCCAGUGGAAUCUGUGCUCACCUCAAUGACCCAGAUCCCUCUGGACAGCUUCUAUUUCGUUCAUCCGAAAUACUUUGGAACUUAUUGGAAAAAUCUUCAAAAGAAGAAAUCAUACAACAGCUUAGUAACUUGGAAUGUUUGCUGGCUUUGAAGAAAGUAUUUAAAAAUCUGUUUACAAGAGGUCUUAGUCAUUAUGAUCGUCAGCUUAGAAAUGACAUAUUAGUGAUCACAACAAUUAUAUCUCAAAAUCCUGGAGCACCAAUGAUUGAGUGUGGCUUUACCAGGGAUUUGAUAUUAUUUGCAACAUUUAAUGAAGUUAAAAGCCAAAAUCCUUUGGUGAAAGGUCUUAAGUUUUCUAAUUCCUAUGAAGAUUUUGAGUUGAAGAAAUUGCUAUUCAAUAUAAUUGUGACCUUUUGUAAAGAUUUAUCUACUAUACAGCUAUUAAUUGAUGGCAAAGUUAUUUUGGCUUUGUUUACCUAUGUUAAAAAGCCUGAGAAACACAAAAUAGUUGAAUGGUCUGCAGCACAGUAUGAAGAAUUACAACUGCACGCAAUUGCCACUUUGUCAUCAGUGGCUCCUUUUUUAAUAGACGAGUACAUGUUGUAUCAGGGAAAUGCUCACGUCCUUGCAUUUUUAGAAUGGUGUGACAGUGAAGAUUCCUUCUUUAGUCAUGGGAACAGUUUUCAUGGUACAGGUGGCCGUGGAAACAAGUUUGCCCAGAUGCGUUACAGUUUAAGACUCUUGAGAGCCAUGGUCUACCUUGAGCAUGAGACCAUAAACAAGGAUCUUUGUGAAAAGAGAGCAAUUCAGCAACUGAUAGGAAUCUUUAAAAAUAUAAUAAGCAAGUAUAAUGAUAAGGAAGAGGCCAUUCUUUUGGAAAUUCAAUCUGAUAUUUUACUUAUUUUAUCUGGUCUUUGUGAACAUCAUAUUCCUAGGAAGGAAAUUUUUGGAACUGAAGGAGUGGAUAUAAUUCUUCAUGUAAUGAAAACAGACCCCAAGAAGUUACAGAGUGGAUUAGGCUAUAAUGUACUUCUUUUUAGUACAUUGGACAGCAUUUGGUGCUGCAUUUUGGGAUGUUACCCCUCAGAGAAUUACUUUCUUGAAAAGGAAGGCAUUUUUCUCCUUUUGGAUUUAAUGGCAUUGAACCAAAAAAAAUUCUGUAAUCUAAUACUUGGAAUAAUGGUUGAAUUUUGUGAUAAUCCCAAAACUGUGGCUUAUGUCAAUGCUUGGCGAGGGAAGAAGGAUCAAACAGCUGCUAGUCUUUUAAUUAAAUUGUGGAGAAAGGAAGAGAAAGAACUAGGAGUAAAACGUGAUAAACAUGGGAAGAUCGUUGAUACAAAGAAACCUCUAUUUACUAGUUUUCAAGAAGAGCAAAAAAUCACACCACUGCCUGCUAACUGCCCAACCAUUGCAGUUAUGGAUGUUGCUGAGAAUAUCAGAGCAAAAAUUUAUGCUGUGUUGGGCAAACUAGAUUUUGAAAAUUUACCUGGCUUAUCUGCUGAAGAUUUUGUUACCCUCUGUAUCAUACAUAGAUACCUUGAUUUUAAAAUUGGAGAAAUAUGGAAUGAAAUAUAUGAAGAAAUAAAAUUAGAAAAGUUAAGACCAGUCACUACAGACAAAAAAAUUUUGGAAUCUAUUAUAACAGCAUCAGAAAAUAUUGGAAAGAUGGUUGCUUCUCUGCAAAGUGAGAUGAUUGAAAGCCAAGCAUGCCAAGAUGUGCAAAAUGAACAAAAAGUAUAUACAAAAGUACAAGCCACACACAAGCAAAGAGAAUUGGCUAAUAAAUCAUGGGAAAAUUUCUUGGCUAGAACAUCAAAUGUUAAAACUUUAAAGAAAGCAAAAAGACUUCAAGAGAAAGGUAUAGAAUCCUCUAGAUACAGUGAGCAUCCACCAAAUGCAGUAUUUCACCCGACAGAUAUUAAAGGCCUUCACACAACAGUGCCCUCUGGUGGUGUAGUAACAGUGGAAAGCACUCCUGCCCGAUUAGUGGGAGGACCUCUGGCUGAUACAGAUAUUGCUCUUAAAAAACUUCCUAUUCGAGGAGGAGCCUUACAGAGAGUAAAAGCAGUAAAAACUGUGAAUGAGCCAGAGAAGAGCGUUCCCGCAUAAAAUACUCUGGAGACUUUUUGAAAUAAAUUCUGCUUAUAAUUUUUUAGUUAAAUAUCUGUAUAUAUGAAUGUAAAGCAAAUGUUUUAGAAUAAAUAUUUUAGUAAAAUACUAUUAAAAUAAAAGCACAUAUAAUGUAUUUUUAUUGAAAAUAUCAACACAUACUGUGAGAAGAGUUAUCAUCAAUUUCUUUCUAAAGAUUACAAUUCUCUUAACUGAAAAUUGUAAAACAUGUUGUAUCAGUUGACUCUUUCAAUUGAUGUGAACUACUCCAACUGGUUUAAGCCAAAAAACAAAACAAAACAAAAACAAAAAAAACCAACUUUUACAGGCUCUGGGGCUAUCAAAUCUAGGACUGAUUAAAACUACAGGCAUUGUUGGAUCUAGGAACUGAAACUCUGUGAGUAGGCUCUUCUCCUUCCCUAGCAGCUCCUGAAUUAUAUUCUCCCAGGUUGAUAUCCAGUAGAAAAGAGUGCAUGCCUAUCUCUCAACAGUCUCUGCAACUGUCUCUGCAUCUUGGGACCCCUGAUUGGCCAUAUGCCCACUCCUGAACUAUUCAUCAUGACUUUGGCCAGAUCUGAGAACUGCCUACACUCAGAGACAGAAGGAAGCCAAUCCCAUCCAAAGCAUAUGGAUGGAGUAGGGAAUCAGGAUAUUAUUAAUAUAUGUUAUUAUAAGUAUAUAUAAAUACUGGGCAACAAAAACAUUUGCAACAAAUGUGUUGGUCAAAGUAAAAUAAGUUCUCUCUCCUAUAAAAAGCAAAUGUUAUUCAUAAGCUAAACAAUAAAACUAAAAUAAACAUGUUUUAACUCUUAAUAUAUAAAUAAAUUCUAAUGCUACUUCUCUUCCUUAAUGGGGAAGGAAAAGGGGGAGUAGGGAGAAACUCUUUUGGUGGUGGAGGUAUCUUGCCAAAUAGGAGGUAGAUGCCUUAAUGCUAGAUGUAGAGCAAAGUGUCUGUGUCCCUGUAUGGCAUUAUGCAGUUUCCACGGCCUGUAUCCAUUUCCGUCAACCCCCUUCUCCACUCAGGAAGCUGCAAAAUUGAGUUCAUGUCCAGGGCUGGGAGAGACAAGAAUCUGUUUUCUCAGAAAGGAAAAUAUACUGGAAUUUGAGUCUAGACUCUAGGCCCAUAGUGUGCACACAGCAGUGUACUGGUUAAAUGUAUAACAACCAGCUCUGCAAGGGGAAAAAACCCUUAUUGGUAGCGUUUGCCAAUCCCACUAUGACCAAUUUCAAGCUACCAACAUGGUGCUACUGAAUGCAGAGUUGGGAAGACAUGCAUAGAAUCCACUUUCAUUAUCAGAUAAAAGACGGCUCCAACACCCCACUGGGCCCACCUUCUCUUACUUUCUCCUCCCUCUUCCCCUCACCUCUCCUCCUCCAAUUCACAUUCCUCCAGGAAUUUUUCAUUAUUCUGUUUGUGAGGAUAGUAGCAUCUGCCAUGAGAGGAGAAAUUGCAAUUGUUGCUAUUGUUCUAAUUAGAAUGAGUUACCAGCGACCUCUCACCCUGGCCCAGCUGCCCAUUCUCCUUGUGGCUCACAGGAGUACAUAAUGUGCAUCAGCUUAUCAGUGAGCUUUGUGCUCUCUUGAAUCCCUUUCUCUAUUACCACCACCCCCAAGAAGAUAGUAGACAGCAUAAUUUGUUCCUCUUCUUCACAGGCAGCCCUAAGCACAAAGGUUCCAUGUAAAGGGGAGUUACUGAGACACAAGAAUGGAUGUGGGUAGGAACAUGCAACGAUGAGAUGCCCACACAAAAAGCACCAGAUACACGUUCAGUUACAUCUGAGAUACACAUAGAAUCGAGAUGAAGUGUCCAUGGCUAAAAGCAAUGAAUGUUUACUCCAAUUUGUAGACUAUAAGUUCCUUCCUCAGAUUCUAAGCUCCCUAAAGAUAGAAACCACAUCUCAUUCAUUAUUGUAACCAACACCUCAGUAAAUAAAUUAUUGAAUAAGUGUGAUGGUGGCCUCAGCUCCUGGCAACCUUCCCCUCAACUUCUGCAAAGGCAGCAAAGUCCUGAGCUCAAAGAGAAGGUUCAGCCAACAAAAUACUAUACCGGGAAUGCUAAACAUGGACAUGUUAAAGUAGUUCAAAUGUAUGUGCUUCGUAACAGUGAUAGACUUUCUCUAAAAUGAGGCAUAAAUACUAUUACAUUAAUAUAACCAGUGGGUAGAAACAGAAUUGAUAUUUCUUGGCUGAACAUUAUUUUUUGUAUGUAGUACAACUUGGUAUCUCCAGAUUGAUUAGGACUGACUGCAGUCAAAAUAAUCUGUGAGUUCUGUAGAACUUCUCCCUGUUGUAGAUCUUACCCAUCAGGAAGAGGAAAGGUAAAAUAGGGCAGGUUAUUACCUAGCAGCCAUUUAACAGAGGAAGAAAUGUACACAGAUGGAGGGUAGUAAGGUUGCUUCAUCCAGACACUUGCACUUGGUAGACAGACGAUACCCAAGUUCGCAUAUUACAAUUCCAGCCACCUGGCAGCGAGCCAGUGAAAUCAGUCCCUCUGUCUGACAGGGUCACUAAUUCUAACACGUCUCCAUCUCUCCUCACAUCCUGUGCUCCCACCAUACCACUUCUAAGCCCUAGGGGAUUUGUGCCUCUCCCAUCCAGCCUGGCUGAAAGGUGGACAGUAUAUUUCCUUCCAUGAGUCAACUGAUAACAAAAUUUCAGCUCCCAGACUUCUGCUAAUAAACUAAAUGAAAAGAAAGUCAAGAAAAUAAAAACGGAGUUGAGUGAGCACAGAUGAAAGUGGCUUCAACACUCUUCGGUAAUGAGAUUUUUAACACAUGAGGGAGGAGUUCAUUCCAUGAUUAGACCCUGUUAGCCAGUGCUUGCUCAUAUUGGAUGAAAACCAGUGAAUAAUUAGGUGAACAACUUUUGUUCAUCUGGUCCUCAGUCUGCCUUCUGAAACACAGGGUACAUUUCAUAUCACAGGAAAAAACUAUAAUGUUCACCCUCAGUCUUUCUGGGUCAAAUAUCCAGUUUAUUUAGUCAUUCCAGACUAUGAACCUGGCCAGCCCUUUCUGAAGUGCUACAGUUUGUGAUUAUUCCUCUAUACUGAGACCAACAGAACCGAGCAACAAUUUACAGGUGUAACAGGACACAUGGAGGGUAUAGUGAAACUAGUCGCUCUCAUUUUUACACACCUGCCAACAUAGCCUGGGCUUACAUUAGUUUCAUUGGCAACCAUGUUUCAUAAUCGCUUGUAUUUAUUUUAAUUUAUGUAGAUAUUUCCUUUUCAAGGAGGUGGAACAUAACUCCCCAUUCCCUAAAGUGUGGGUAAUGCUUAGCGCCUCGCUUCCAAAGAAUACAACAUAGAAAGAGAAGGGAAAGUAACUUUACAGCCAAGAAACCUGGCAGAUACUACCUCAGCCAGGGUUAAACGCCAUCUGUGUUAUGUCAUGUUGACAGCAUGUACCCUUGAUAGGAAGUGCUGAGAACAGUGCUUUACUCCUGUAGUUUUCCCCAAAAAUCCUAUGACCCCAGUCUAACCAUGAGAAAAACAUUACGCAAACCCAAAUUGAGGGACGUUCUGCAAUACAACUGACCAGCAUCAGGAAGUGUCAAGGUCAUCAAAAACAUCUUCUUAGAGCCUAACUCAUUGUAA